AAAGGGGACUUAAUUCAGUUCUGGUUUCUGAACUCCUCUGUAUUCCUUAGUGAGGCUAAUGGUGAAAAUGAUACUAGCACUAGCAAUGGGCAUGAUGAUGAUGAUGCCAUGGUAUUCACUUGCUGUGGACAUUGAGCGAGUGAGGGAAGUAGCAGCUAAGCAUAACGUGUCUUGCAUCCUAGUUUUUGGAGACUCAAGUGUUGAUGCAGGGAACAACAAUGCCCUUCACACCACUAUGAAAAGCAACUUUCCUCCCUAUGGCAAAGACUUCUUUGACAGCCGCCCAACAGGAAGGUUUAGCAAUGGGAGACUUGCCACAGACUUCGUUGCUGAAGCAUUGGGGUACAGAAAAGCGAUUCCACCUUUUCUUGACCCAAAUUUGAAGCCGGAAGAUCUGCAAUAUGGUGUUAGUUUUGCAUCAGCAGCCACGGGUUUUGAUGACUAUACCGCUGAAGUUUCGAAUGUUCUGUCUGUUUCCAAACAGAUAGAGUAUUUUGCACAUUAUAAGAUCCACUUGAAAAAUGCGGUGGGUGAAGAAAGGGCAGAAUUGAUUACGAGAAAUGCGUUGUAUAUAAUUAGUAUGGGUACCAAUGACUUUCUGCAGAACUAUUUCUUGGAACCUACUCGCCCUAAGCAAUUCAGCUUGCUUGAAUUUGAGAAUUUCUUGCUCUCCCGCUUCUCUAAGGACGUUGAGGCAAUGCAUAGACUGGGUGCCAGGAGGUUGAUCAUUGUAGGGGUCCUACCUCUGGGAUGCAUUCCACUUAUCAAGACGAUUAGGAACGUGGAAGACUGUGAUAAAAGUUUAAACAGCGUUGCUUACUCAUUCAAUGCUAAAUUAUUACAGCAAUUAGACAACUUAAAGACAAAGCUGGGCUUAAAGACUGCUUUGGUUGAUGUUUAUGGUAUGAUCCAACGCGCGGUCACCAACCCUAAAAAAUACGGUUUUGUCGAUGGUUCAAAAGGAUGUGUUGGGACGGGGACAGUAGAAUAUGGAGAUUCAUGCAAAGGGAUGGAUACUUGUUCAGAUCCAGACAAAUAUGUAUUCUGGGAUGCUGUUCAUCCAACGCAAAAGAUGUACAAGAUAAUAGCUGAUGAGGCCACUGAAUCUUUUAUUAAUAACUUCUUUUAACAGCGCCACCAAUUUAAUAUAUGAUGCCUGUAUGUCAAAAUUUCUUUGUAUCAAUGUGGAAAAAGACCCCCUGCAGUUUCAAAUAAUAUAAACUGUAGGAUUUGAAUCUGCAGGCUGUGCAAUAACUGAUUUUACAAACAAAUUUUGUUAAAUUAAAUUUUAGAGAUAUAUUUAUUAUUUGAUAAGA